UUCUUUUGACUUCUCUGGGUUGCGGUUUUUUGGGGGGUUUUAGUGUAAGCUUUGCUUGACUGUGUUGUUUGGUUCCUGAAGCGUAUAUUAUGGUUUGCUUGAAGAGAGAAGGAGGUGAUACUUGUAUCCAAAGUUAGUCUGUUGAGGAGGUAAUUCACUAUCAUUACUCUAGAUUGUUCUCAAACAGGGUUUCCACUCUGGAUCAAACCAGAUCUUCCCUGCGCUCAAUCAGGACUGAGUCUGGUUGGUUGAACUUCGAAUCAAAUGUACUAUGGCUGAAAGCAGCAUGGGGAUGUCCCAAGCUGAUAUAGGAGCUCUAAAAGAAGCCCUUUGUGCUCAACAACAUCUUUUGCAAAAACUUUACAACGAAUUGGAUGUGGAAAGAGAAGCUUCAGCCACUGCAGCUAGUGAAACUCUGUCCAUGAUAUUCCGUCUACAAGGAGAAAAGGCUGCUGUUAAGUUGGAGGCAGAGCAGUAUAAGAGAUUGGCCGAGGAAAAGAUGUGUCACGCAGAGGAAUCGUUGACAAUUUUCGAAGACCUUAUCUAUCAGAAAGAAAUGGAGAUUGCUGCUCUAGAUUACCAAGUUCAGGCUUAUCGGUACAAACUUUUGAGCAUGGGUUGCAGUGAUCCAGGAGUUGGCGAGAUAAAAUUUCCUGAGAAUCUGCUGCAAAGAAAUGAAAAUUUAGCUGGGGAAAUGAGUGUUCAAAACAUUUCCAGGAGAAGUUCUGCGCCCACAAUUCCUCUUAAAUACUCAUAUCAAAAGAAGAGUGUGAUUGAAAGAGAAAGAUCUAUUAGUCCAGAGACAGAUUUUGUUGAAAAGAAAGCGGAAGAACAGACGGGACAAGAAAUAAAUGGUCAGACUUUGGAUUUAGAGAAGAAGCCUGAGAAUUCUGCUGUUGGAGACAUCAAUUCGUACUGGGAACAGAUCAGAAAUUUAGAUGAAAGAGUGAAAGAGAUAGCAGGAGUUAACUAUGCGAAUUCUGAGAAUGGCUCGAGAUCUUCUUCAAUAUGUUCACAAGUGAGCAUUGGAAUGGCAUAUGAUGCAACGAAAGAAGUUAUAAGAAGCGAGUUGGAUCAGGCUAAACAUGCUCAUUAUGUAAAAGAAACAAAUUCAGAUUCUGCUUGUUCCUCGAGUAUCCAUGAUGUCUUCGAAGUUCCACAAAUCCAUGAGAAUCAUAGAGGAUGCGGAUGCCAGACAAAAGAAUGGUGUGAGGAAGUUUUGGAAGGUGAUAAGAGGAUUGAAAAGCCUGACAUUGUUACACAGGAGGCUAGUAAAUCUUGUGUUAAAGAUGAAACUGACUGGGUAAAGAAAAUGCUGCUGUCCUUGCACCGGGAUGAUUGUAUAGGUAGACCCAGUGAUGGUGUUGCUGUUGACUGCCGUUUGGCUGUUGUUGGCCAUACAAUUGGUGUUUCCCAAUCUCAAGCCCAAAUACAACAGCUUAAUAGCACAUCUGAGAUAAUUGAGCUUGAGAGCGAAGCUAUACGACAUGAAACUAUUAAUAGAAAGGAGGAAGAAAUGAAGUUGUUGAAUGAGAUACGAGAGCAACUCAAUUCAAUACAGUCUGAGAUUAGAAGUUGGAAGACUAAGAAGUCCUCUCCAACGGAUGAGUUACAUCUAGUUAAUCUCAAGGAGGCAAUGCUUCACUUUUGGCUCUGAUCCAGCUAUCAAAACUUUUCCAACUGAGACAGCAAAUUUUCAUUUCCAUAUGCCACUGGUCCUGGAUAUGCUGUUAUUUAUCCAAGCUACUGAAGUUUUUGCUUUGUAAAUGAUUGUGUAAGAAGGGGAUUAGUUGUCUUUGAAGAUUAACAUAAAGAAAUGGUGUGGAUAGUGAGUUGAUUUUGUAUCUCUUUAGCGGAAUGUGUAUAUGUAUAGAUUGGAUAUUGUACAUUAACA